CCACGUCGACGAGCGUCGUUGUCAGUAGCAACCACUGCAGCAGCGCUCGCACUGUGUUGUUAGCUGUUAUGCUAGCAGGCCAGCAGUUGAAAACACCGCAGCGACGUUGAGACUCGGAUUAUUGACGCUGUGACCAGGUUCACGGGAGAAACAAUGGAUUCCCAGUCGCUGUACUUUUCCCUGGAACUCGUCGCCGGAAGUGGGGACACUCUGAAUGUCGAGCAAAGAACCGCCCUGCACACUUCCUUGUUGAUUCUGCAGAAAAACCACAAGUUCCAGCGAGUUGUGCUCUGGGGCAAAGUGCUUGGGUUGAAGGGGGAUUAUUUUAUUGCACAGGGGAGAGGAGAGGAUGAGAUGAAGGACAGGAAGAAUCUGUAUAGCUUGAACUGUGUGGACUGGUUCCUGCUGCCCCCUGCCACAGACCCUUUAAUCGACCAAGUGUCCAGAGCUGCCAAGGGUGGCUUCACAGGAGACCCCUCACAUGUGUAUGAGCAUCGGGAGAUCCACAGGCGAGGAGGAGGAGAUGAAGAGGAGGAGGUAGUGACCAAAGUGAAUGAGGAGAGCAGGCUGGCAGUGACGGUUCAUCACAUCGAUGAGGAAGUGUCUGUGGUACCACGAGGUGCGUUCAUCAAGAGUCCGCACGGCCUUGUCCAGAUCAACCGCAGCUUUAGCGGUCUGUCUCACUCUGAGGCAGGAAAGCUCGACAGUUUCCUACACUUCAGCGAACCAAAGAAUCUGAAGAAGAAAAGCAUCCUGGAGACAAGUCAACUCAACCCAGCUAUUGACUUCCUGGAUGUGCUGAGUGAUGACAUUCCUAAAGGAUCAUGGAGCCUCCAGUUUGAAAGUGGCAGCAAAGUGUGCGUUCUUCGCAGCCUGUUGUGGCUCGGCCUGACCUUCUACCACGUGCCAAUGACGCCACAGCACGGAUACAUCUACAUUGGUAAUGGGGCCAAGAAUUUGGACCUUCCCUUCAUGCUGUAAAGAAACACUUAAAAACGUAUUUCAAGCUGUAGUUUUCCAUACAGCUCUUCAAAACCAAAGUCUCUUCUUUGAAACAUAUUGCACAACUGUUUGCCUUCUCUUAAAAUGAAUAAACUGUUCAGUUAUGCACUUUG